AUGACGGUGAUGGCUGUGCAGAUGGGGGGCCUGGCCCUGUCGGUGCUGGGCUGGCUGGGCACCAUCCUGACCUGUGCGCUGCCCAUGUGGAAGGUGACGGCCUUCAUUGGCUCCAACAUCAUCGUGGCCCAGGUGUUCUGGGAGGGGCUGUGGAUGAACUGUGUGUACGAGAGCACAGGCCAAAUGCAGUGCAAGGUCUACGACUCGCUGCUGGACCUCUCCUCGGACCUCCAGGCAGCCCGAGCCCUAGUUGUGGUCUCCAUUGUGGUGUCCUUCCUUGCCCUCCUUAUUGCCAUCUUUGGGGCCGAGUGCACCAGGUGCGUCGAUGACAAGGGGGCCAAGGCCAAGAUCUCCAUCACCUCCGGGGCUGUCUUCAUUCUGGCCGGGAUUGGGCUGCUCAUCCCUGUGUCCUGGUCGGCCAACACCAUCAUCAGCAACUUCUACAACCCCAUGGUGCCAGAGGCUUUAAAGAGGGAGCUGGGGGCUUCCAUCUAUGUGGGCUGGGCCGCAAGUGCCCUCUUGGUGUUUGGGGGGGCCAUACUGUGCUGCUCCUGCCCCCCCAGCCAAGAUGCGCCAUACCCCAUGAAGUAUAAAGUGGUGAAGCACUCCAGCCUGGGGAGCUAUGCCCUUAAGAACUAUGUGUGA